UUUAGAUUAAUUUUGCGGCCACCAUGCUUUAAGGCCAAGCACCAAGAAUGAGGUAAGCUUGCCUGCUUUAAAAAACAUUUCUGCUUCGGCUGGGAAACUUCACAAGCACACUUCAUGUAGAUCUGCAAUUAAUUUGCCUUGAGAGUAAACUCCCACUUUAAGCAAGCCUGUAUAUUUAUCUUGGAGAUAAGGUUUGAAAUCUUGAACAACUGGCGUCUAGCAAUCAUUUUACACUUCAUUAUCCCAUUUAUAAUUUUUAAUUAUAGCCAGAGAUGCUGCUACCAAUGCAUUCAAAUGCACCAAAAAAUAUGGCGACAUCUAAGACAUUUUCAAGUCAAAACAUAAACAAUCAACAUUGACAUUAAAAUAUCACUGUCAUCCCCAGCUGGGUUGGAAAUUUAUGUAAAGUCUCAUCCUGAAUAGAAUCCUAUUGUUUUAUGUAACAAGUUUUCCGCAGACAGGGCCAAUCAUCAUUAAUGAGCCUCUAGUAUUCUUUCCUUGAUUUGAGAUCUGGCAUUCGCCACGAAUCUCAUGGAAUCAAGCCAAGUUGGAAAAACUGCAUUCUGCAUAACAAUAGGCUAACUAAUUGACUAUAAAGGGAUACUGUGCCAACCUAGACUUCAACAAUAGUAAUCAUCCUCCGAGGUCUUCCUGUGAGAACAGGUGUAAAUUAGAGUAUUUAUAGGCAUCUUUGACCAAGCAUUUUAGUUCUGAACUCUAUAUAAUAAGGUCCUUGUAUUGAAGCUGUGAAGAAUUUGGAGCAAGUCGCUGAGCCUCAGAAGCAAUAAUGGCAGCUGCAGCCGUACCUGACUGGCUAAACAAGGGUGAUAAUGCAUGGCAGAUGGUAUCUGCAGCUCUGGUUGGCAUGCAAGGGAUGCCCGGGCUUGUGAUACUUUAUGCAGGUCUUGUUAAGAGGAAAUGGGUUAUCAACUCAUCCUUCAUGGCACUCUAUGCCUUUGCGGCUGUUAUGCCUUGCUGGAUCCUCUGGGCCUACAAAAUGUCAUUUGGUCAUCAACUUCUGCCAUUCUGGGGCAAAGCUGGCCUUGCUGCUUCACAGGACUUCCUGAUCCUGCAAGCUUUCCUCCCAGCAACAAAAUACAAAAACAUAACUGCAGCGAUACAACCACUCUACCCCAUGGCUGUUAUGGUCUUUUUCCAGUAUGCCUUUGCAGCAGUAACUGUUGUGCUCCUUGCUGGUUCCGUUCUGGGGCGGAUGAGCAUAAAAGCUUGGGCACUGUUUGUACCAUUGUGGAUCACUUUCUCUUACAGUGUUGUGGCAUUCAGCAUAUGGGGUGGAGGUUUCCUUUUCCAAUGGGGAAUCAUGGAUUAUUCAGGUGGUUAUGUUGUCCAUUUAGCAUCUGGAGCAGCAGGAUUCACAGCAGCUUACUGGGUGGGACCAAGAUUAAAGGAAGACAAGGAAGACUUUCAACCCAAUAAUCUCCCGCUGGCUUUGGCUGGAGCUGGUAUUCUUUGGAUGGGCUGGACUGGUUUCAAUGGAGGAGAUCCUUUCUCUGCCAACAUAGAUUCCUCAGUUGGAGUUCUUAACACUCACAUCUGUGCUGCCACCAGUCUCCUUGUGUGGAUUUGCUUGGAUGCAGUCUUCAAGAAACCCUCAAUAUUCGGAGCCAUUCAGGGAAUGAUUACUGGGUUGGUUUGCAUCACUCCUGCUGCAGGUCUUGUUCAGGGAUGGGCUGCACUGGUAAUGGGCAUAGCUUCAGGAAGCAUUCCUUGGUAUACCGUGACUUGUUUGAAGGAGAAGCUGCAAGUGCUGAAACAGGUUGAUGACACCCUUGAUGUAUUACAUACCCACGGUGUUGCUGGAACCUUGGGUGGAGCUCUUACCGGACUCUUUGCUCAUCCAAGUCUCAGCAGCAUGUUCCUGGCAGUGCCCAACUCAAAGGGUGCCUUCUAUGGAAGUGGAAUGCAAUUUCUGAAGCAGUUGGUGGGAGCAUGCUUUGUAAUAGGUUGGAACGUAGUUGUUACAUCCAUCAUUCUCCAGAUAAUCAAAGUAAUAACACCCCUAAGAAUGACUGACAGAGAGCUCCAGAUAGGGGACGCUGCAGUCCAUGGAGAAGUAGCCUAUGCUCCAGCUGGGCAAGGACAGAUGGAAAUACCUACACAUAAUAAUGGGAGUAAGGGUGCUGUAGAGAUGUCUGGUCCCCUAGCAUAAUCUUAACGAGAAAACACAUACAAGUAUCCUUCAACAAUCAAGCAAGAUAGUGGCACAUUUAAGAAUGAGUGAUACAAUAUACAUUUAUAAUGAGUAUCAAUUUAAGUAUUAAUGACGACAUUUCACCAUGUACUAAGUGAUGUAAUAUAUUCUUAUUAUGAGUGUACAUUGUUUUAUUGUUUAAGAAUUAAAUGCCACAAUGGAACAUGACACCACAAUGUAACAUAAGAUCAUGUAAUAUUAUUAUAAAUUAAAAUCAAAGAAUACAAAUUAUCAUUGUCUUCA